CACCGCUGGUUCCCUCGGAGCCAGAAACCAAGAGCGCUCCAAUCAGGGCCCUGGCCCCGCCCCGCACGCGUCACUUCCGGUGGUGCAGCAGCCAUUUUGUCAGUCGCCAGCGGAUCCCGCGCGCUGCCUAAGUGCAGUUCCCCCUGGUUACCAGGUCGUCGGUUCUUCCUUCGCGCUGCGGGCGCCCUCGGCGAGCGCCCACCAAAGGCGUAGCCCUUUUCUCCUUAAAGUGUUGCCGCCGCUGUUGCACCUCUACCGAGCCAGGGCGCUUGUCUGCCUUUUCCGACCACUGACAGGCGCCCUAAAGGGCGCUGCCACCCGCGAUGUCAAGCGAGGAGAGCUAUCGGGCCAUCCUGCGCUAUCUGACGAACGAACGCGAGCCUUAUGCACCAGGCACAGAGGGCAAUGUCAAGCGUAAAAUCCGCAAGGCUGCCGCCUGCUACGUAGUGCGCGGCGGGACGCUCUAUUACCAGCGGCGGCAGCGGCACCGCAAGACGUUUGCGGAGCUGGAAGUCGUGCUGCAGCCGGAGCGGCGCCAGGGCCUCAUAGAGGCGGCACACCUGGGCCCCGGAGGCACUCACCACACCCGGCAUCAGACCUGGCACGACCUGUCCAAGACGUACUGGUGGCGAGGUAUAUUAAAGCAAGUUAAAGAUUACAUAAAACAAUGUAGCAAAUGCCAGGAGAAACUUGAUCGCUCCCGUCCAAUAUCAGAUGCUUCAGAAAUGUUAGAAGAAUUGGGAUUGGACCUUGAAUCUGGAGAAGAAAGUAAUGAGUCAGAGGAUGACCUGAGCAACUUUGCUUCACCUCCAACAACAGCCUCCAAGUCUUCAAAAAAGAAGCCAGUAUCUAAACAUGAACUUGUAUUUGUUGACACCAAAGGAGUGGUAAAACGGUCUUCUCCAAAACAUUGCCAGGCAGUUUUGAAACAGCUGAAUGAACAGAGACUUUCCAACCAGUUCUGUGAUGUCACAUUGUUAAUUGAAGGGGAAGAGUACAAAGCUCAUAAGUCUGUUCUGUCAGCUAAUAGUGAAUAUUUUCGAGAUCUUUUUAUUGAGAAAGGAGCAGUUUCUAGUCACGAGGCUGUCGUGGAUCUUUCUGGUUUCUGUAAAGCAAGCUUCCUUCCUUUGCUGGAAUUUGCCUAUACUUCUGUACUAAGUUUUGACUUUUGUAGCAUGGCUGAUGUAGCCGUCUUAGCUCGCCACCUUUUUAUGUCAGAAGUUUUAGAAAUUUGUGAAAGUGUACAUAAACUAAUGGAAGAAAAGCAACUUACAGUGUAUAAGAAAGGUGAAGUUCAGACAGUUGCAUCUACUCAGGACUUAGCAGCACACAAUGGAACUGCAACACCACCUGGCCCUAGGAAUGAAGCAACCACAGCUCUGUCAAGUGAACUUGGGCAUUGUGAAAUUGUACUGCUGGUAAAUGGAGAAUUGCCAGAAACAGAGCAGAAUGGGGAGCCAGAACAGCAGCCUGCACCUCAGGUUUCUCCAGAGGCUGAAGCUAGUGUGUCCCCUGUAGAAUGUAUAUCUGAUCCCCACCCUGAAAUGGGAACUGCAAGCUUAGCAACAGAAAGCAACCAACCAGAGCUUGAGUCUGCAGUCAUCAGAGAAGAUGGCAUAGUUGCUAAUGUUCAUCCUAAAAUCUCAAAAGAGAAUGUAAUCAACACCUCCCAAGAGGACAGUGAUAUAGGAAAUGAUAUAUCACCUGAGGACGUAUGUGCCAAAGACUUUCCAGAUCAUAGUCAGAGCCCCAACGAACCUUUAAAAGAUGAGGAAACUCUAACGGAAGCUACAGAAAAGACAGACUCAGGCCCAGAUGAUGAUACUUACAGGAGCAGGCUUAGGCAGCGGUCUGUUAAUGAAGGGGGCUACAUCCGGCUACACAAGGGCAUGGAGAAAAAGUUACAGAAGCGGAAAGCCAUCUCUAAGUCAGCAGUUCAACAGGUGGCCCAGAAAUUAGUUCAAAGAGGGAAAAAGAUGAAACAACCCAAAAGGGAUGCUAAGGAGAGCACUGAAGAAACAGCUCAUAAAUGUGGGGAAUGUGGAAUGAUUUUUCCAAGACGGUAUGCCUUUAUCAUGCAUACAUUGAAACAUGAAAGAGCUAGAGAUUACAAAUGUCCGUUAUGUAAGAAACAGUUUCAGUAUAGUGCCUCAUUACGAGCACACCUUAUACGACAUACAAGAAAAGAUGCACCCACUUCAUCUUCAUCCAAUUCCACAUCUAAUGAGGCAUCAGGAGCAUCAUCUGAGAAGGGAAGAACCAAAAGAGAAUUUAUAUGUUCUAUAUGUGGAAGGACACUUCCUAAAUUAUACUCUCUCCGCAUACAUAUGCUAAAGCACACAGGGGUAAAGCCGCACGCAUGCCAGGUGUGUGGAAAAACUUUUAUCUAUAAGCAUGGUCUAAAAUUGCAUCAAAGUCUGCAUCAGUCACAAAAGCAGUUUCAGUGUGAACUGUGUGUCAAGUCAUUUGUUACCAAGCGAAGUCUUCAGGAACAUAUGAGUAUUCACACAGGAGAGUCCAAGUACUUUUGCUCAGUUUGUGGAAAGUCUUUUCACAGGGGCUCUGGACUUAGCAAGCACCUUAAGAAACACCAACCAAAGCCUGAGGUUCGAGGCUAUCAUUGUACUCAAUGUGAAAAAAGUUUCUUUGAAGCUAGAGAUCUACGCCAGCAUAUGAACAAACAUCUUGGUGUGAAGCCAUUUCAGUGCCAGUUUUGUGAUAAGUGUUACAGCUGGAAGAAAGAUUGGUAUUCCCAUGUGAAGUCCCAUUCUGUCACUGAACCUUACAGGUGUAAUAUAUGUGGCAAAGAAUUUUAUGAAAAAGCUUUAUUCAGAAGACAUGUAAAGAAGGCCACCCAUGGGAAGAAAGGAAGAGCAAAGCAAAACCUGGAACGGGUGUGUGAUCAGUGUGGAAGGAAAUUCACUCAGCUGAGAGAGUACAGGAGACACAUGAACAACCAUGAAGGCGUUAAGCCUUUUGAGUGCUUAACAUGUGGAGUAGCGUGGGCUGAUGCCCGAUCACUAAAACGUCAUGUCCGAACACAUACUGGUGAACGGCCCUAUGUGUGUCCUGUGUGUAGUGAAGCCUACAUAGAUGCUCGAACACUUCGUAAGCAUAUGACUAAAUUCCACAGAGACUAUGUGCCUUGCAAAAUUAUGCUGGAAAAAGACACUCUGCAGUUUCAUAACCAAGGAACGCAAGUGGAACAUGCUGUCAGCAUCUUAACUGCAGACAUGCAGGAACAGGAAAGCAGUGGGCCUCAAGAACUUGAGACUGUAGUGGUGACAGGAGAAACUAUGGAAGUUCUUGAAGCUGUGGCAGCUACUGAGGAGUGUCCCUCGGUGUCUACUCUCUCUGACCAAAGCAUUAUGCAAGUGGUUAACUAUGUGCUGGCGCAGCAGCAGGGACAGAAGCUGUCUGAAGUUGCAGAAGCCAUUCAGACUGUUGAAGUGGAGGUUGCACACAUGCCAGAAGCAGAGUGAAUGCCGCAGUCUUGACAGGCCUGCCCAUGGAGCUCAAAGGACACAUUUAUAGUUCAAGUCACCGCCCUACAGACCUUGGAUGUGGAACUCUGGGUUAUUAGUGACAUCACUAAUCUUCUUGUCUGGCCCAUGAGUUCUGUUAGGAAAGCCCACUUUCUGUAAAGAAAUUGAAAACAAAAAUCUGUUGGAUGGAAGUAGUUGAUCAUGGUAUGCCUUUUAUGAAUUAAUGUUUAUAAAUAACUGUACUAAAUUUAAAGAUGUGCAGUUUCAUUUAUAUUUUGACUUUAUUUUAUUACAUAAUUUGAAUUUAAAAGACUGCAGUUAGUGUUUCUUCUGUUGUCUUUUUAACAUACAGAGGUUCUGUGACUAGUUGCUGUUUGUGGAUUUAAAAAUUCUAAUAUAAAAAGCAUAUCCAUAAGAUGCGUAAAUAUAUUACAUUUAAAAAAUGCUUUAGAGCUAUGAUUCUUGACUUACUAUUUAUUUUAACUGCUUCUAAGCCAAGAAUCUAUUCUAUCUUAAAGCACUUAAAUGAGUUCUGUGUUGUAAUCAAGUUUGUAUAAUUUAUUUAUCUGUAUGGGAGAUCCAUAUGCAAAGAUAAUUUUAAAAUACCAUUAAAAUGCAUGAGAUGCCUAUUAGAGCCUUACUAUACUAUCUCUUCAAGGCAAGUAAUUGGCCAUGAGAAAAGAGUACUAUUAUUGAACACGGUUGGUGGGGAGUUUCUGUUUGGUAACACUGAAAAGAAAAUCAACCCUGUUUCUUUUGCUGGAGAAUGAACAAGUUAGUGAAGAAGUUAAAUUUGAUAUGUUUAUCUUUUUAUCAUGUUUGUUUAAAUUUGUUGAAAAACUACACAUCUAUAGUAGUAGUAUGGAUGUCAUAUAAUUGUUAGAUAAUUUCAGAAUGUUGAAAAUUCUUCAGUGAAGCCCUUAGUAUAUUAUAUUACAUAAAAAAUUGAUUAUGACAUGAUCAAAUUGCUGAAAGUAUUUUGAAAAGUUACUUUAAAACUAAAUUAUACUCAUUCAUGUGUUUGAUUUAUUUUUUUUUAAUUUCUCAUUUCUGAGUUGUCAAAUACUCAGAUGUUGAAAAUAACCAUGGAGAGAUGCCACAUCUCUCUCUAAAAGACUAUCGUUCAAGCUAUGAUUGUUAAAAUUAAGCUUUUAGAUAUAGAAGCUUUCUUAAGAUAUAUAAUUAAGAUAUAAAAUAGAUUAUAUGUAAAUCAUUCCUAAAGCACAAGAAAUGAAUGUGCCUUGAUGUACAUAUAUAAUAUUACAAUGUUUAUUCCAGUUUACUUUGAAAAUGGCUUUAAGGUUAAGGAGUAAAUGUGAUAGCGCUGCAUGCAUCUUCUUGCAUAUGGAAUGUGUGCAUUUGCAAAUUCAUUGUUUUAAAAGCUGUGUGGCUUUCAGUUUUAAAAGUGAAUUUAUAUACAGCUCAUAAUUUCAUAAAGGCUAUUCCUUGGUCAUGUCCAGCAGUUAGUGAGAAAGUAUUUCAAUGAAACUAAAAUUUGAAAUUGUCUUUUAUGUUCCACUUUCACCACUGUUAGAUUUAGUUAAAUGUAUAAGAUUAUUAAUGUAUAUCAGAAAUAUAUAAAUAAAAAAUGUUCAGUCUUGUUAAAAGCAAA